AUGGCUCCACCGUAUGCUACGGCGCAGAUCACGUUAAAGUGUCCUUUAUACGCGUCAGACUUCGAUCCCCAGACCAACGGCUUUCUACUGGUAGGCGGCGGAGGAGGGGAAGGCCGCAGCGGCGUAGGGAACAAGAUUACUCUUCUCAAUGCUUUCAAGAAGUAUGAAAUCUCUGAAGUCGUCGAGAUUGGCCUCUCUAGAGACGAGGAUUCUGUCACCUCCUUAGCUUUUGCGCAGACAACAGAAUUAUGGGCCAGUGCUUUCGCUGGAAUCAAUUCUUCGACGAAAGACCAGGAAGCUGGCAAGAAUCAGCAUUUGCGAUCAUUUCUGCUGGAGUACCCACCACGGCGCAAAGCUGGCGCAUCAGAGGGGGACAUUGCUCCGGCGCAAGAGGAAGCCCCUGAAUCGAGAGGGCAGACAAAGGCACUAGGCAAAAUCUCAUAUUUCACACCAGAUCAAAGUUCGAGGCCAGAGACCUUCCAACGAGUGCUGCGGUUAUCCAAGCGGCCUCAAGGUAAUGGUCCCCGAUUGGGCGCGGUCGCAACAGGCCUGGCGCCGAUAGGGGAGAUCGUUCUCUUCGCAGCAGAUACAAAUAGUCCAACUUCAAAAGACAUACGAGCACGCAUAAGGCUAGGCAAGAAGGAGGAAGCCGCAGACAUCGAUAUCCUCGCGGCUUUGGGAGAGGAGGACGACGGUUUUCUUGUCGCAUAUUGUACCGACUACGACAUCUACACCGCAGAAUGCAGUUACAGCAAAGGCGGGGACCGAGAGCUCGUCCCACGCUGCAUACAAAGUAAUCCUCACCCAGACGUCUUUGCUGCCUCCAAAGCCCGCCCAAAGUUUCGCUCCAUCCGAUUCCUCACACCCACCCUCCUGCUCAUACUACAAAACCUCCCCUCAAGCGCUGGCUCCGAGCUCCUUCUCAUGACAACGCAAGGCCAGCUUGUUCUCCGCAAGCGCUUACACAAGAAGAUAAAAUCCGGCAUUGCGCUCGCCGUGGCCUCACUUCCGUACCCCUCCUCGUCCUCCGCAAACAGCCAAAAGCUGAUCCAACACGCCAUCGCCAUCGCCGGCGCAGACACCUCCAUCACGAUCCUCACCCUCGAUCACAAGCCCUCUGGCCCCUACAAGAACCUAAAAUUCAAAUCCCACCUCUUCCUCACCUCCGUCCACCCAACGAGCAUCACAUCCCUCACCUUCUCCACACCCCCCUACAAACAAAACCCUGCCUCCACCUCCAUCGCCAACACCUGCGUCGUGCACACCCUCCCCCUAUCCCCCUACCCAUCGCGAAAACGCAACGAAGACCCUAUCCCCUCCUACGUGCUCCGCGUGCCGAAGGCAGGCAGAGGCAAAGCUACAGAGACAAUGUUCUCGCUCUUCAUGGCCGUGCUGGCGAUCGCGGUCGCGAGCUUCUUCCUGCAGACGUUCACGGAGAUUAGGGGUGGGGUGCCCGAGAUGAUUGGCGCGAAGAAGUGGUUGUCAAAGGGCUUGUAUGAGCAGUGGGUUUUGCCGUUUGAGGGCGAGGGGAUGGGGAGGCUGGAGAGGAAUGCGCUGCUAGGGCGGCCGGAGAUGAGGCGGGCGAGGGGGGAGGUUGGAAUUAGUGGGGGUGAGGGUGGUGGUGGGGAGGGAGGUGGGGAAGCGACAAAGCUGACGGAUUUGGUGGAGAAGAGGAAGGCGGCGCUUGGGCAGGGCGAGUUGCAUGAGAUUGUUAUACAUCAGCCCAGUGGUGAGACGAAGGGGACAGAGGAUAUGAAGGUGGGUUUGCAUCAUCCGAAUCAUAUUAUUGAUAGGCAUCCUAAGGCGAAGAAGUGGGAGGAGAUGUUGCCGAGUGAGCGCGAGAGGUGGAAGAAGAGAUUGCAGGAGGCUGGGCAUUGGGCUGCUGAUGAGGGGGAGACUGUGCUGAAGGGGAUUUUCUUCUCUGGUGUUGCUGGGGCUGUGGGGGCUGCUGUUGCUGGGUAG